CGUGUGCCAAACCAAGCCAGACGCUUGUGUAACGAUGAUCGGAGCAGUGCUAACCCUCAUAUGCUGUCACCUUGUGCUGUGCUGUUCGCCCGUCCGUGCGAACGACACGGCAAGCGAAACAGAACCCUUCCAGGGGUUGAAAACAAACCUCAUGUUCCAGGUGCUGAAACGGUUGGACGAGAUUGAUCAGCGCAUAAGCCAUCUGGAGCGAAGGAUACAGAGCAAUCAUCACGUCGCCACCGCAAUCAUCACGGACAAACUCGAAGGAAUCAGUGAUAAGCUCGAGCGCAUCAACAAAACAAUACGUCAAAAUGUCGGCACCUACUACGGUUCCUGCCACGAAGCACCGGCCAUGCUAAGCGACGUGUACACGAUCAAACCACCCGCCUCGAGCGUAGCACCGUUUCGUGUGUACUGCGAGCAGGGCUACCGCAAGGGUGGCUGGAUAGUGCUCAGCCGCCGGUUUGACGGUUCGCUCAACUUCACCCGUGACUGGAUCGACUACCGGGAUGGGUUCGGAUCGCCCGAGGGCGAGUACUGGCUGGGGCUCGAGAAGAUGCAUCGCAUCACCAGCUCGGACUACUUCCAGCUGCUGGUACAUCUGAAGGACUACGACGGCACGGUCAAGACGGCGCUGUACGAUGAGUUCGAGAUCGGUAACGAAAGUACCGGGUAUCGGUUGCAUCUUGGGCCGUUUGUGGAAGGUGCGGCCAAAGAUUCGCUGCGGGCUAGCGCGGGGAUGAAGUUUUCGACACCGGAUCGGGAUAAUGAUGAACAUCCGGGGUGCUGCGCGUCGUACUACGCUAGUGGCUGGUGGUAUCGGAACUGUAUGAACGCUAAUCUGAACGGGCUCUAUCGCCGGUCCGAUCCGCACAAUGCGACAAUGAACUGGUUCGGCUUCCGGGACGACCUUCAGGGAUUGAAGGAGGCUACGAUGAUGAUAAGGGAGGUUUCUUCCUAGCAGUGGCCUUCAGCCGCCCUUCGGCCAGUGACUGCACACUUCACACCGAACUGUUUGAAGAGAAUAUUGAACUAACCUUUUUUCCCGGCAUCGCUGAAGCCAUGUUGAUUGCACUUCUAUUUAUAUUUCUAGCAGGUAAAGUAGAUUAUUGGGACUGUCACUCAGCCUUGGCUAAGAAAUCACUCAUCACAAGAGGACACGUGUCACUUGAAGAUGUCAUUGAAGCUCAAUUUAUAGGCUUUUCCCCACACUUACACUACAAUUUAUUGCAUAAGAAUACGUUUUAAUAUGUUUAAAACACACAAAAAAUGCUCAUUCUAUGGAACAAAACCCUAUAAAUGUACAAAAAAUCACUUUUUUUCACCAAAAUCACACCCGACCGUCACUGGAGCGAGCACACGUUCGUCCUGCCGUGUCGCUGACAGCGGUCACACACAGAAUGAAGCACGCUAGCGACCGUUGCUAGGACGACCGGCCACGCACCACAUUACACCGCGUGGCGUGCAAACGUACCUGGCAACGCGUAAACAUAAACAAACCACUUGCUCCCAAUCAUGAAGUGUGGAUGUGUUCAUAGGGGAAUAGACACAGCACAACUAUUGCCGGUCGGUUUGCCGACCGUAAGGCAUUUUUGCUAACUUUCUUCGUACCCUAUCAUCAGCAGCAAAUGAAGGAUUUAGGUUAGUACAAUUAACCCUUGACGUUUAAUAUCAGUGGCUUUUUGUUGGACAAGCAGUUCCGACUUUUCAGUAAAUGAAUCAGCAUAUGUGUAAUUAUUUGUAAUUAAUAUUGUAAAGCUAAUUAUGUUUGAUAAAUAUACUUCUAUGGUUCUAUGUGAUAUCUAGG